AUGUCAGAAUUCAAGUUGGGGAUGGAGCCUGCUUUCCUGGGAAGACACCAACCAGCCAGUGCACAUAUUUCCAAUGAUGUCAAAGAUGGAGUUGAAGAUGGGGAAGAAUACAGAGAGGAAGUUCGACAGGAAGAGGAUGGAGUGGAAGAGGAUGGAAAGAAAGAGAAUGGAGAGAAAGAGGAUAGAGAUUAUGAAGAGGGAGGGAAUGGAGAAGGAUUGGAUGGAGAAGAUAGAAAGGGAGUGGAUGAACGCGGCAACACUGAGCAGAGGCACGGGAAUUCUAUAUCGGACAUCUCUGACAGCAUUGGCCCACCUUCCCACGCUUCCCGUCAUAAUCCUUCCCCAUUUCACGGGCCCGGGGAAGGUGGUGGCAAGAUCAAUGCGCUCCGGCCAUAG